AUGGGAGCAGAGCCCGACCCGGAGAACCGCUGCAAAACUCUGUCUGGGAUCAACUCCGCAGGCUCUCAGUCCCCAACUGCUUUUAUUGUCAAUAGACAAAGAAGUCCACUUUUGUCACAUAUAUGGGAGCCCUGUCCGCAUGGUUGGAGGAAAAUCACCCCUCACUGCUUUCGCUAUGUUGGCACAAGCAUGUCUUGGUAUGAUGCUGAGAAAAACUGUCGGUCCAUGGGAGCAAACCUUGCGUCAAUUCAUGACAUGUACUACUAUGGCGAGGUUCAGAGACUGAUACGUGACAAAACUGGUAGAGCUGAUCCAGCAUGGCUGGGAGGCUCUGACGAACACCGGGAGGGAUUCUGGUGGUGGAGUGAUGAAUUUUCUGUGAGCUUCACAAACUGGUGUCGAGGAGAGCCUAAUAAUGGUUUUUUUCAUGACCAGCACUGUAUGCAGAUGAACUUUUCAGAUGAAAAAUGCUGGGAUGACAUAUGGUGUGGUACCCACCUGCCUUUUGUCUGCAUGAAGAAACUCUGAAAACUGUGAAGUUACUAAAAAGGCCUGAUGUGUAAAACAGAACCAGUGGAGAAUCAGAGCUGCUGUUUCUGUUUUUCUGCCUUUUUGCAUCUUCAUAGAAAACCCAAAAGAUAUUUCUGCUUCUCUACUUUCUUUAAUUUCUCUCUUUAAUGCAACCUAAGCAAUGAAGCGACAAGCAAACAGCAGCUGGAUUGUCUCUCUGUAAUAAAGUCAGACUGAAUGAGUUUUAAGAAAGAAUCUUCUAUGCAAAACUUUCUUCUAUUCUUUGGCUGAGCAAAAAUAAAACUUUGAAGAAUCAAAACAA